GUUUCCUGGAGUCGCAUGAUGGAUAGGCGCAAGAGGUUUCCCCCAUCUGCGCCUUAGUAUGGCUGCUAUAAUGAGAUUAACCCCUCCCGUUACAUUUUUCUCGCUUCUGAAUCUACAGCCCGCAUUUAGUUUCUGAUUUGUCACACGCAAACUCUGCUGCAACUACUGGCUGUCUUUAUUGUACGCAAAGCUAUCUUGGCAAUCGGUCGCAAGUUUGAUGGUCUGUCUCGUUCUUAGAUGCCCAUCGCCAAUAUGUCGGACAUCAAAUUCACGGUUGGCUGGGUUGUUGCUCUCCCUUCGGAGCUUACUGCCUCCAGUCUCUUUCUCGAAGAGGAGUACGAGCUGGACCAUCACGCUGAGGGCGACGACAACGUAUAUAUAUUUGGCUCGAUAGGCAAACACAACAUCGUCAUGGCCGCACCAACAAUGGGCAGGACCGGUACCAGUCCAGCGGCGCACGUUGUCGGCAACAUGGUUCGCAGCUUCCCAGACCUGCGCUUCGUGCUAAUGGUCGGCAUCGCCGGCGGCGCACCGACCCAGAAACACGACGUUCGUCUCGGCGACGUAGUCGUCAGCGUCCCUAAUGACGGCGCGGGUGGCGUUUACCAGUACGAUUAUGGUGUUUGUAAGCAGAAAGGGGCUUUCGAGGUAUAUGGGCACUUGAACGCGCCACCUACUUGCGUACUCAACGCCAUUGCAAAACUCACCCGCAACUACGAGAAGAAUGGUUUUGACUUGCGCGCACAAGUUGACGGGGUACUUGAGAAUUUUACCCACCUUCAGGAGAAGUACUCCCGUCCACCGGUCGACGACGUGCUGUAUAAGGCCAAGUUCACACAUUCAAACAAACGACUCCGAUCCAAGCAGGGCAGGAGGCAUUCCAAAGAGAAUAGCGACUCGGAAAAUGAGAGCAGCGACUCGGAACGCAGCGACACCAACGACUGCAGCGCAGUUUGCGACGAGAAAUGGAUCAAAAAGAGAAAGGACCGCACACCCGACAAGAAUGCCACCGUCGUACAUUACGGACUCAUCGCGUCUGGCAAUACCAAGGUCGAAGACGCAGGUUUCCGGGACAAGCACGCAAAGGAAAAUAAUAUUCUUUGUUUCGAGAUGGAGGCAGCCGGUAUUAUGAACAGGUUCCCCUGCGUAGUGAUACGCGGCAUCUGUGACUACUGCGACACCCACAUCAACAAGAAGUGGCAAGGCUACGCAGCCAUGGUGGCUUCGGCAUAUGCAAGGGAUCUUUUGCGGGUUCUGCCUGCAGCAAGCGUUGAACAGACACGGCGGCUCGAAGAAGAGCUUUUCAGUAUGCACACGACGUUGAACAAAGUUCACCAGCAAAACGAGACCAUGAUUAUGAAUCAACUUCAGGAAAAGGUUGUGUCCUGGCUGUCCGCCCCAGACACAUCCGUCAAUGCGGCCAGCGCCAGCGAGAAUCGACAACAAGGAACAGGUCAAUGGUUCCUCGACAGCCUCGCUUUCUGCGAUUGGAAGGGAUGGAAUCCAGACUCCCGAAAGUAUUUGUGGUUGAAUGGCAUGCCAGGCUGCGGAAAAACUGUCCUUGUCACAACAGUCAUCGAUCAUCUCGAGCAGCUUCACCAAAGUAAAGACAAUUACAUCACACUUAGGUUUUUCUACGAUUACAACGACAAGAAGCUACAGAACGUGGAUAGCAUGGCACGAUCAUUUACCACCCAACUGUAUCGGCAUCUUUGCACACGUCGAAGCAACCUUUCCUUGGAGCUGGAAAGGCUGUACAACAAGUUGCUUCCCAGGAGAGAGAAACCGAGCGCACGGGAUCUGGUACAGCCCCUCACAGCAAUGUUCGAAGGGCCUCUGAAGGUUUACAUGGUUCUCGACGCAAUGGACGAGAGUGAAGAGAGGCAACGACUCAUCGACUGGCUCAGAAACUUCCUUGAGGCAACAAAGGAUCUGGCCAGCGUCAAGUUGAUUAUGACAAGCCGCCCGGAGACGGAUUUUAACAUCCAGAUCCCCGGCUUGAUUGGCGAAAACAAUUGCGUGGCACUUGACAAGACCGCUAUAAAUAUCGACAUAGGUACAUUUGUCGACUUCAACAUCAACACCAACCCAAGGCUGAACAAGUGGAAGAACAUUCCAGCCCUUCAUGAAAGGAUUCGAGAUGAGCUUUGCAGAAAGGCAGAUGGAAUGUUUCGCUGGGCAGCACUGCAACUCAAGGAGAUUGAGGAAUGUUCAGACCAAAGUGAACUAGAGCACGCUCUAGCCAACCUGCCCAAGGAUCUCAAUACAACCUACUCCAGGACCCUCGAAAAGAUCCCCAAACACCGGAAAUCAAAGGCAAUACGACUCUUACAAUUUCUCCUGUAUGCUAAACGUCCACUUACUCUGGAUGAAGCUGUGGAUAUCCUUGCAGUUCAGCUUGGCGGUGGAAGUGAUUCGGGGUUUCAUCCCGAUCGCAGGAUGCCCGAACCUACCGACAUUACCAAGUAUUAUCCAGAUCUCGUUGCCAUCACACGAGAGACAACAAAAUUUUGGGUUUUCGGUAGAUUUUACAAGAAACCCACCAUCCGUUUGGCCCACUUCUCGGUCAAAGAAUAUCUUCGGAAACAAGCCGACUUCUCUGAAGGGGAAGCUAGUGUAAACAUCGCUCGAACGUGUACAGCAUACCUCCCCAGCUGUUAUAAACACAUGCACAGAUCUCCACAAGACGAUAGUUUGAUCCAACUACAGCCAUUUGACUUUGCUUUCAAAGACUACAUAACAGACUUUCUGGGCGAGCAUGCCCAUCAAGCUGAGAGAUUCUUAGCAGACAGUACAUUCGUUGAAGAAUUUUUCUCUCUCGUUGACCGGUUCUACCUAGAGACCAGUACAGUUGAGAUUUCACCACACGCACCAAUGAUCGUGCAUAUUAUUAGAGCCCCUUUAGUUUGGGCAAGUUAUCACGGACUUUCAAGUGUAUUGGAGCGCCUUUUAGCCACUCAAAAAUGGGGAAUUAACAUGGAGGGAAUAAUAUGGGACUACUUUGACCACGAAAGGCAAACGGGUCUAUACUUUGCUUGCAAGAACGGCCACGAAAGCAUUGUCAGGCUGCUUUUGGAGAAGGAUGCCGAUUUCUAUGUCGGUCUACCUGUGAAUUACCCCCUCAGAAUUGCCUCACGUCAAGGCUAUCUAUCAAUUGUCCAGCUGUUAGUUGAUCGAGGGGCUGAUAUCAUUCACCCCAAAGACGGAUCAAGUUUGGAUGUUCUUGAAACUGCUGCAGCUGCAGGCCACCUUGACGUGGUUCGAUACUUUGUUGGUCGGUUUUCUAAUAAAAGCACGAUUAGAAGCAUAUUAGACGCCGCAAUCGUCAAAGCGUCGUCAAGUAGGGGGCCGAGGCAGCUGGAGAUUGUGCAAGAGCUUGCCAAGGCAGGAGGGGACAUUCAUGGUAUAGGGUUGAGGAGUCCUAACGCUCUCGAAAAGUCCUCGUCGAUAGGCAACUGGAAGGUUGUUCGUUAUCUGAUUGGAAAAGGUGUUAAAUUGGACCGAAACGUGGGCGAUAACGAAACAGCAUUACAAAACGCUUCAUUCCAAGGGAAUUUUGAAGUUUGCCAACUUCUUUUGGAAGCUGGAGCCAAACUCGAUAGUCGGAGAGGGGCUUUGGGGGCACCACUGCAAGUUACUUCGCGGGCAGGGAACCUGGAAAUUGUUCGGCUUCUUUUAGAGCAUGGAGCAAAGGUUAAUAUCUGGGAAGUAUAUGACGGAACGGCGCUGCAGGCUGCUUCAGUGGGGGGAAAUUUGGAAGUUGCCCGGUUUUUGGUGAAAAAAGGAGCCAAAGUUAAUAUACGGGGAGGGUAUCAUGGUACAGCGUUGCGGGCUGCUUCGACGGGGGAAAAUUUGAAAAUCGCCCAUUUUCUGUUAAAGAAUGGAGCAAAGGCUGGUAUUUGGGGGGCAGCUCUGCGGACCGUAACAAGGAGCGGUAAUGUGGAACUUUUCCGGUUUCUAUUGAACGAAGGAGAGAAAUUUUGGAUGCAGAAAACUCUUUCGCGUGUUGACCUACGCCAGCCCAGUCAACCACGCCCAAGGCCAGCCAUCAAGAAACGUCUAAGCCCGAGGACGAAGAGCACAACACCCCUACACUUACGGAAGAAACAGUCGCUGGAGAAGACCCUGGAACGCAUGGCGAAACAUACUGCCGUCCGCUAUCUGAGAGCAUCGCCUCGCACGACCGUACGGGAUGCAGGUUGGACGAAAGGUACACAGCAGGACGCGGCACGCCGGCGCUACACUUGGAGGAAGCAAAAGAAGAUACGGAAGUCGAAAGAGAUCAAAGGAAAACGGCGGAGGAAAAUAUCUGACUAUUUGAGGCAUAUUAAGGGGUGCAGUCAAUGGAUUCUCAACCAAAAUCCUUAGUCCAGCGAUGCAUGUUGUUUAGUCGAAACUGGUGCUUUUCAAUAAAAUUCCUUGGUAGAUUGGUUUCUCAUGACCCAGUGUUACACUAUAUGGACGGCUAGGUUUGAUGUGCCGGGAGGCUUCGUCGUCCUGUCGCAUGGUUCAGUCUUUACGCUUGAAAUUC